UUUAGUAGCUGUGAAUUUAAUUUUGUCCUCUUGUCUCAUGCCAAUCUGUUACGCACGAUGCCUUUCAUUUGGCUUGGUUCUUGAUUUGCUGGCUGAGCGUCACGGUGCAAACAGAACUACGCGCCAAAUUCGUGACGUAGCAGCCGAUUAUUGGGUGCAAUCGUUAAUCCAUAGUCAUCAGAAGUUGCGGAAUUUUCAGCAAACCACGCUGUCCAUUGUACAGAGAAGACAUGUUGUUCGUCAUGCUAAACUCAACGUUGUAUUCUGGAAGGAAGAUGGCACUGAAUCUGUAAAGAAGAACAAGGGAGAACUCUUAUGUCACCAUACAACAGCAGGAAGAGGAAUUUUGUCACAAGGAUGGAAGAACAAAGAUUCUGGUCAAGAGAAGAAACCAGAAUCAGGGAGGUUUUUUAGUGGAUAA